AUGGGUAGUUUUGUGAGCAUCGAAGCCGCUGGACCUCUUCUCCCUGAAAUCUCCCGCUUGUUCCGAGAGCUCACUGUAACUAAUAUCGUAAGCUAACCUCGAUCCUUUAUCGUGAGAACUAUUCUUCCAGGAGGCGCAGAAACUCGGAGAAAUCACUUUUUCGGUUCCGUACGUCAGCGAAGAGCAUUUCACUGCCAUGCAGCCCUGUUGGGAAAUCGCAGAGGUCAGAAAAAUUCAUUUUGAAACCCAUGAGUAAAAGAUGUCCUGUUUCUGAACCCGCUCUCUAAGCUCUUAGACACUGUACCAACUGUGGCUCAAGUAGUAGGAAAUCUUCAGAAAAAAUUUUGAACCACAAUUUGAUUCAGAUGAAAAAAAUAAUGAAGACAAGAAAUUGUACUUCUGCCUAAGAUGUUUCGAGAUUUUCUUGGUUUGAACAAUCAUUUUCAGAGCAUGAAGAACUUAACCCCGCAGAAGAUGAUGGCAGCUUGUGGAGUACUCGAAAAUGUGCUCGUUUACGAAGAGGCCCUUUUGGGCAUUCUUUCCGAACCUUUUCUGGUGGAAAGGGCACCGGAACCAUAUGGGCAGGAGGUUCAGACUACGGUAAGUCGGAUAUUCGUUUUCGAAAUUUCAGGAUUGCCUCAAAAUCUGAAUUGCUGGUUCAAAACACGAGUCUUCAAAACUCGUUACGAUUAGAAGUUAAGAUCAAUCUUGAAGUCAGGUGACCUGAAAAAAAUGGGUCCGGACUUUUUCCGAUUCGUCACGAUCGUUUCAAGUCAAGAAAUUUGAAAUCUUUCAAAUUUACUUUAUGAUACAAGUUUUCUACGACUGCGAAAACUGAAAAAAUUGUGAUUUUCUGCCUCUAAAAAGGUAGAAGAUUAACUAAAAACUGAACACAAUCCUCAAAAAAAGUAUAGCAUGUGCAAUAUGAAUUGAAACGACUUUGAAAAGGACUUUUCAGCCGCAAGUCGUCCUGGAAAGGUUCUUCUGUGCCCCAUGUCGUCGUGACUUUCCAACGGCUCGUGGACUAAUGGCACACUUCAAAUUAUCGGACACCCACAAAAUGUUUCAAGAGAAGGCUCAAGCAAGAAAUUUGGUCAGUUUCCAAAAAUUUCCUGUUUCAUGAUGAAGGAUAAGUUUCAAUUUUAUUCGAAAAAGGUUUGCUUCAUUUUUUGCUUUAACCCUGAUUUGAAAAGUUUUCUCAUUGAUCAAGGAUAAUUGUCGAAAAAGCACGGAAUUAUCAUAAUUUGAUGUGAAAUUAAUUUCAGCAGAUCCUUCAGCGCAGUGCUACUGAGACCCAGCCGUCAACGCCGAAAAGUUAGAUUUCUUCUGAAAAAUCUGUUCUUUUUUUUGAGUCAUGAAAUUGUAUGUUUUUCCCUUUUACUAACCGUUAUCUUAAUCUUCAAAUGAACUUUUCUUUAAAUUUUUCCUCACUUUUCGCGGUUUUGUAUUUUUUUCAACAUUAUUUAAGCUUUAAUUUUGUUGAAAUAAAGGGAUACUCUGUCAGGUUUUACAGCAAAGAAAAUCAUUCUCAUAAAGCUUCAAAUAAAUUUUUUGUAAACCGAGUAUCAUUUUUUUUUUUCAAAAAAUUGUUGAGGAAUGUUUAAAAAGAUAGUCCGUUUCCGAUAAAUGGUUAGCUCAUCAUAUUUUUUGAAGGUCUUUUUUGCAAAGGUGUUUUGAAAAAAUCGGCGUCGCCACGGUUUAUCAUGUCCAAAGUCAAUUCAUUGCUUUUGGAAUGGGUUUAUUAUUGAGAAGAGGGAACGAUCUUUAGUUUUCAUUGUAAAAACCUUACUUUUGUUCACAUUCCAGGUCUGGUUCCCAACGACCUAAAAUUGAUUUCAAAGUAUUUUUGAAGCCUUUAAAGUGUUUUCAACUGCGACUGAAAAAUCCUAAGAAAAAGUUUUCUAAUUUUUCCGGUCUUUCUUACUGAUUUAAGGAGAAAAGCUUUAAAAAGGGAUGAAUGAUCCUGACUUGAGGCAUCCUAAUUCUCAUUCUUUCUUUUUUUGUUUAUGGGACUCGUCGAACUAUUAUGCGUCUUUUGAUAUCGAAGUACUAAAAAUUUAUUUAGAUUAUACAGAAUGAAGCGUCAAAGUUUCAUGCGCAAUUCCGAAAUCCCCUCAAGACGGUCCCAGCAACUCUUUCAUCUCCCAACAAUUCGACGUUCGCUCGUCGUUGGUGUCAAAGCCACUCAUACAUCUGCAGAAAAUACGAAAAAGUCCGCGAUCUCAUCCGUCAAAAUCCAAGAAGGUCUAUGAGGAAACUCGCUGAGAAGAUGAAAAUGAGUUCGACGGGCGCCCGAAAAGUUGUCACGAGCAAACUACGUAGAAUGUAGCUCAAUAUACAGGAAGCACACAUCCUGAGCAAUCCGAUGAAAGCCACAAGGGUCGAUCGAAGUCGCGAGUUGCUUUCUCGCUUUGCGCUGAUAUAGACUUUAACGAUGGAAAAAUUUAACUGUUGGAGAAGUCGUGAACCAUCGAAACUAUAGAAUUGUUGACCCCAAAACUCAAGCUGUCAAUUCAAGUGAAAGAAUUGUCAGUCCCACGAGCUCUCCUUCUUCAGUCAUGGCUUGGGCUGCAAUCACGCAACAAACAAGAUCCUUUUGAUUUUUGUGCUGCAGAACUUCGAGGUCAACGCGUACAACUAUAAGGAACACGUUCUGCAAAGAGGACUGCUCCCAUUGGCCAGGUGA